AUUUUCCAUUUUUAUGGACAGGGACUCUUAAUAGUCUAAUUAAUAAAUUGCAUGUCUUACAUACCCUUCCCCACAGCACUCAUUUAACAAUUUGUAGGAAACACAUAUUUGCAUUUUUCUCCAAAUAUCUGUCUCUUCAAUAAGCUAUGGAGUUUCUUAUUGUCGCUGGCGCGCUCACUGCUGGUGCAUGCGGCAAACAGGAAACGGUAACACAUUAAUUUUAAAUAAUACCUUCACAUCUCGCUCUGGAGGAGUUUCUUCAUCUUCACUAUCCGCCAUUUUUCAACAGAUAUCGCUUAAUUUUAGUCUCUACAGGAACGUUAAACUGAAAUACGGUCGGUUAGUAACGUUGACUUUCACAUGGAUCAAUCAGUCCGCCAUUUUGCCCGUACCGCAAAGGAUCAUGACCAGCUUUGAAAAGGACUAGGGACGAGGAAGCAACAUUUGGGAAGAGCAACGCCUGGUUGAAAUCAUUGUUCCAAGAAACCGUAUUGUUUUGGGUUGCCAUUUCUUGGAAAACAUCUCGACAAAUCGUCAAUUUUUAUUGGGCAAACCGAGGCAAACAAGGAAAAAAUUAACUCCUUGCUGUUGCGCAAUGCUUUGCAGUUUAAUUUUAGGUUUUGCACUGUCAUGCGAGAAUUCUACCAGUGCAAUAUGCCCUACAAGUUUAUACAGAGCUACCGGCCGGCACAUCUAAUUAGUUAAAUUGUCGAAUUCGCUUAUUUAAAUGCAUUGUUGUCGACUGGUAAUUAUACAUUGAAGUGUCAAACAUUAUGGCAAGUGGUUCGGAUACAGCCGCUAAAUUUGCUGAACUGAAGAAAGAUGUCGUUGACAUUUUAAGUUUUUGUGAAGGACACCGUUUGGAUCUUGGCAGAUUCAAAGAGGAGUACAAGAACAGGUUCAGGAAGCAGUUUGACAAACAGUAUAAGAUUUUCAAGAAGGGAUGGAAGUUCAAAAACCUCAUGGCGGAAUUGGAUGAUGUCAUUGAUUUGGAAGAAUCGGAACACCACAAAUCUGUUGUGGUAAUGAAACUGAAAGAAUCGUAUUCGGCAAGCCGAGACUCGAGGAAUAACCUGACCUCACCAGACAGGUUGGAAGAUAGCGCUGGGUUUCAACAGGUCAAAUUAGAUUCCCCAACAAAAUCACCGUUGUCACAAACUACAGAGAAGGAAUCAAAAACUGCCACUACCUCAAAUAAUGAUUCCUCAAAUGUUAGUGGCCGCACAUACCUGAAAGCACAAAGGCGUCUGAAAAAGACAAGUACUGAAUCGAAAGAAAAAGAUCGUGAACCAGCUGGAGGAAAUGUCGCAACAUCGAUUAGCCCUACGGUGUCAUCAUCACCUGAAACUUUUGCCAUGUUCUCGGGUUCAUCUCUCCUAGGUCUGCCACUGUCACCACCACCAGUUUCUAGACUAGAAGCUUCAGGUUUUACUCAAGGAAUGCAAAUGACACCACCGCAAAGAGCAGAAACAAUUAAUGCUGGAAGUGCACAGGCCACGGCUUUAUCUCUCCGUGAAAUAAUGGAGCAGCAAGCUGAAGAGGAAAAACUUGCUGGUGCGAGUCCCUCUACUCCACGUCUUGGGUAUGAAAAGCUAUUGCAACAGAUGGGCACGCCCACUGCAGUGAAAGGAAAUGCCCACUUCUCUCCACCAGACCUCAAAGAUGCACGAAUUAGAGAAGUUGGAACUCCAGGCCCAUUAGAAAACUCGAUUAUUCAUGCCCAACAUGUAAUGGUUUCCAAUUCACCCAAAGCAAAGUCUGCAAGAAAUGUUUCUCUUCAUGAGGUUAAUAGGGCAGCAGAAGAUAUCAUUGCAUCUUUGUCGGAGGAAGGUCAGUUUGUUUGUCUUGAGGUUGUAAAGGCCAAACUCUGCAAAGAAUUUGGAAAAUCAAGUCUCACUACAAUGGGCAUCAAAAGAGACAAGGACAUUCCCGCCCUCAAUGAACUAAUUCAGAUGCAGGCCAAAGUGAGUGUCUGAAAAUUAUCUGGUACUGAUGCACCAAUAUUGUGCAGAGGAUCAUAAUGUAUUUGUAUCCCAUUUAGUCUUUUUAUUACAUAACUAUGAACCAAGUCUCCCACCCCCACACCGCUAAAAAAUCAAAUGGUUCACCCCUGAAGUGAUGCGUUUUAAUUAUAGCAAACAUAAGCUUUUCAUUGAUUUUGUUUACCUGCACUGGGUGAGGAAAUGAUAAAUCCUUAAUUCAGAAAAUGAAAAGAAAAAAAAAGAAAGAAAAGAAAAGAAAUUGCCUAUUCACAGCAAACACAAAUUGUCACUUUUCUUUCUUUCUUGUAGAAGCACAGACAUGGGAAGCAACCUGUUGUUUCCUUAAAAAAGGCAAUUUUUUUCAUCUUUCCCCACCUGUCUCAGUACUUCAGUUUCAAAUAUUAGACAGUCUAUGAGUAUUCUUUCUAACAAUUUUACAU